CUUUCCUCCAGAUCCUGUUCACAAGGAGCUCAGCUGCGGUUGUUGCUCCGUCGCCUUCGAGCUCCGGCGAACCUUUGCAGCGAGAUCACACUGAUCUGACGGAAUAAUACUAAUACUACUAAUAACAGCAUCUGACUCUGGAUCAUCCAGGUACAUGCAUCUGGGUUUUUGCAUGAACACGAGCAGACAGGGGGGAUUCACGCUCCUCUGUGGGUGAAGCUGGAGCUCGUCUCUCCAGGAGCGUGGAGCCUGAGAUGUGAUGGACGUGGAGCAGUGAUGCUGCGGCUGCAACUGUGACUCAGUCGGGAGGAGAAUCCAGCGACCGGGAGGAGAAGUUGUGCUCCCCGGAUCCAGCGGCUGUUCUCCGGAUCAGAUGCCGCAGAUGCUGCCGGAGUGAGGACGCGUGAAGUGAUCCGAGCGGAGCCACCUCUCCCCCCCCCCACAGACCGGAGGAUGGUCCCCGGGGCCCCCGGCACCAUCACCACCACCACCAUGCUCCCCGCGUCCGAGGCUGCCAAGAUCUACCAGACCAACUACGUGCGCAACUCCCGCGCCAUCGGCGUCCUGUGGGCCAUCUUCACCAUCCUCUUCGCCAUCGUCAACGUGGUGUGCUUCAUCCAGCCCUACUGGAUCGGGGACGGCGUGGACACCCCGCAGGCGGGCUACUUCGGGCUGUUCCACUACUGCAUCGGCAACGGGCUGUCCCGAGACCUGACGUGCCAGGGCAGCUUCACCGAGUUCAGCACCAUCCCCUCCGGCGCCUUCAAGGCCGCCUCCUUCUUCAUCGGCAUGUCCAUGGUGCUGGUGCUCACCUGCAUCGGCUGCUUCACGCUCUUCUUCUUCUGCAGCACCGGCACCGUGUACAAGAUCUGCGGCUGGAUGCAGCUGUCUGCAGGUACUAGUCUGAUCCUGGGCUGCAUGAUCUACCCGGACGGCUGGGACAGCGACGAGGUCAAGAGGAUGUGUGGCGAGCAGACGGACAAGUACACGCUGGGCGCCUGCUCGGUGCGUUGGGCCUACAUCCUCGCCAUCAUGGGCAUCAUGGACGCCCUCAUCCUCUCCUUCCUGGCCUUCGUCCUUGGAAACCGCCAGGACAGUCUGAUGUCUGAGGAGCUGCUGGGAGAAAAGAGCGGAAACAACGCCAUCUAGCGGUCGCAUUGAGUAAAGCAGUCACACACACACACACAGGUCUUGCUGCAGAGACGUGAUGUUACUUCAGGAUCCAGCUGCCGUCUCCUGGUGCAGCUUGUGGCUGAGACACAGAGCUGAUGUGUGGACGGAUUAAUGAAGAAGAGGAGGAGGAGGUCUGGAGGAGAUUGUCCUCCCUGAAUCUCCCUCUGUAAAAUAACCUUCUCAGUCGUCUGAAACUGCUUUUUAUCUGCAGGAUGAACUCUCUCAAAGACUUUCUCCGGGCCUCCGUGUGGACGGGAGGCUCAGUCCACAGGUUCUGCUGAGGGACAAAACAAAGACUUAAUGUGGUAAAUCCGCUCGGGGACACUUGACGUGGCAGCUGCUCAAAUUGAAUCAAAUCAAAAAAAGAAAUUCUCCAGACUUCGAGCGACACAAACGAGGACUUAGGAGACUUGAGGUGAAAGCUGUCGGAACGUCUCUCUCGUCAAAGUCAACAAACUCCAGGAGAAAAAACAGGAGUUCAGUUCCGGUUCGAGACAUCUCAACGCUGAAUAACAGAAAGAACAGUGAUGUUUUGUUAUAACUAAAUGUUUGAUGUGAUAGAAACAUGAGGUAGUAAUUAGAGGUUUUGCUGGUGUCAACUUUGCAAGAAAAUAAAAGAGUUUAAAAAUAAAAGUGUGCUAAAUAGGAGAAAACAUCAAUUAUAUGGAGACUGUAAUCUGUGUGUAGAUGUGUUGGUGACGUCGCUGUACUUUGUCUUGACUUUGAAAAUGGUCCAUUGCUGCGUCUUGUAAUCUGACAGUGUUGUGGCGUUUAGGGAAAAGGGCCUGAGAAACGCUAAAUCAUCAAGAAGUGUGGCUUUAUCCUUUUUUUAAUAUAUAUAUUAUUUUUCACAACUUAAAAAACAACUGACGUUUACAUUAAAGCUGUUAAUGGACGAUGGAACAACAGAAAUCGAUUUAAAGCAAAGAUCUGCUCCGAUGAAGUCAUCAUGGACUGGGACACAACUAGCUAGGCUCUGUGAAAUGACAACAAAAUGUAAUGAAAUGAAACUAAAAUGAAAUCCAUAUUUGAACAUCUCAAAAGCUUGCGGCUGUUGAGCAACCAAACUUGUGUCCAAAACAAAUGUUUAUAGGCAAAUAUCAACUGUAAAAUGGCAAACUGUCAUUUUAAUAUUUAACCAAAUGAGUCAAACUGUUAUUUAAUGAGCUUCACUGAAUUGAAUGAGCCAGACAGACGUCUCUUGUUGCCCCAUGUGUGUUAAUCCAUUCAAUUUUAUGACCUUAUUAACGUACAACAUGAAAUCUAUCGUCUUCGAAUAUUAAAUAAAAGCAUUGAUUUAAUUUCCCUCAAAAGAGCCUUAAAAUGUAUUAAAAAGUCUAUUUCAUUUAUACAUUUUUUCUACACCCGGCUGUGGGCGUUAGCUUUACUUAUAAAAGGUUUGCAUCUGGAAAAUCUAUAAAUCUUUUAAUCCUUCUUUCCAUUCUCAUCAUUUCAUUAUCCAUUUUCUGCUGUUUACCAGCUCCAGGUCGAGUUCAAUUAAUAAUUAAUGACAUUAUGAAUGAUUGAUUUGCUCUGCUGAGAAGUAUUGACAAAUAUAAUGUAACGAUGUAAAGGUCAAUAAAUUCAUGACGUUUGUUUCAUA